AUGGAAAUGGGAAUUAAUCUUUCACAUUAAUAAAAGAUAUCAAUUGAUCAGGAAGAAAUUUUGCCAAAGAAUAGAUUUGAAGUAUAAUCAAAUUAAUCAGAAGAAUCUCAAGAUAUAUAGUAAAUUUAUUAAAACAAUAUUAUAGAAGAAAAAAUUCUUCAACUUUCUAGCUCUAACUUUUCAAUAAUGUAGAAAAAAUAGGGUGUCUUGGAAGAGUAGGAAAUUAAGAUAAAAUAUAGAGGCUUACUAUGUGGAGUGUCAAUUAGGAUAGAAAAAUUCUAUAAAAUGUUGGAGGCUAUUACUCAAAAAUUGGCUAAAAGAUAGGUUUGUGGAAAGUAAUAAGUAAGAAUUAUUGCAAGUAAGAGAAAUUUCUAAAUCUAUUUAGCAAAUUUUUUGUUUUUGAUUAAAGAUAGUACCAUAAAGAUAAAAAGGAUAGGAAGUGGAAGUGUACUUAUUACAACAGAAUGAUGUAUUGUUUCAAUGGCGAAGGAUCACAUUAUUUUUAUUAAGAAGGUGUUUAAAAAAAAAUUGGAAUGCAGAUAGAAUUGAAUUAAGCGUUUGUUGAAUAGUCAAAAUAAUAUUAUGAAUGGUAAGGGAAUUUAUGUAGUGGUGAUGGAUCAUAUGAUUAAAAUGGAAAUUAGAAAAAGAUUUGA